GAGAUGUGUAAUAAUAUCUCUGUACGGACUGAUUAGAAAAAUAGGUACAAAGAGCCAGCACAGAGUAAUCGAUGCCUGGGCGUGUCCUCUUCGUCUCAGUGCCGCCGCCCCCGCCAACAGGAAGGCGACUUCAACAAUGUACCGAAGCGGCAGUUCGGCUACAGAGUCGGUCAGUCGCCUGUGAAACCUGGAGCAGGACGUUCGUUUCCACGUGGAGUGGGCCCCCGGUAACGGCAAGGCAUGGACUGGGAAGCCCGGAGCAGGAUUCUGGCGGCAGCAUGCCGUAGCCGUGGAGAAGGAAAAGUUGGACUCUCUUCAAGUUACCUUUUCAUUUUAUUCUAAGUUGCUGUGAAUGGCGCCUAUGUAUUGCGAUGCCCAGUAUAAGCCUCUUGCUCACUCUGACCACACCGUGCACGGUCUGCAGUUGUCUGGUUUCUGUGGAGACGGCGGAAGUGUCGGGAAGGGCGGUUGCCCGGAGACGGCGUCCGUGCCUGGGGUUUGCACCCGGAGACGGACCUGGCUUUGUUCUGUUGUGCUUUGUCAGCCCUCUGGCUUUGAUUUCAGAUGAUGGGGACACGGACUCCAAUGAAAGUUUCCCGGAGAGAGCCCACCCUGCGCAGCUCACCAGCAGACAAAAAGAAGGAAAAUAAGAAAGAAAUUGAGGAGAUUACCCCCAUUAAAGAAAAGCCACAGAAAGAAGAUGUAUUGAAUGGAGAAGACAUCAUGGCCUUGGCAAUAAAACCAGAAGAUCUUACUCAACUGCAUGGUCCCCGGGUGCCUUUAAAGGCAAUCCCUAUCACCAGUAGAAUGGUGAUUCGAAAACCAAAAGCAAAGAAAGAAAUGGAAGUGAAAAGGCUUAUAGCUAAAGCUGCCCCAUCUGUGGAUGAACUGAAAACGAUGGACUAUUCAGGUCCUGGGGGUCCUCGCUUUGACACAGAGGGGAGAGUACUGCCUCAUAGCAUCCUUGGAACCUUGGCAGAUUUUAAGAAGGAAUUGCUCGCAAGAGGACUUUCUGAGUUGGCCAGUGUGAUCUCCGAGCAUUUUCCUGCUGAAGCCAGACCUCAGGAGCUGCAGGUUUAUGAAAAGAAAUCCAAAGACAUUAUUUAUACCAAAUCACAAAAUCAGGACCGUGCCUUGGAAAACUGGCAGUGGCACAUGGCCGAGCGAAAGAGAACGCAACAACUGAUCUCCAAAAUCCUAAACAAGCCGGUUGAAGAACUGGUGAUGAAUCAGUGUGAGAAUAUUGAAGAGCGGAGACAACAGUCUAACCUCAUUGAUCAGACUAUGGCAGCUCUGGGUUCUGGAAAGGGCUAUCACAUAGGAAGUGAGUUUUGGACCCUACCACCAAUGAUUGGAGAUGAGUUAAGUGGUGUGGCAUCAACAUUAACGCAGACAGAACGUGGAUUUCCACCACCCAUCGUUCAUAGUGGGAAACCUCACACAAUUAAACAGGAGACAGGUACUGACUUCCCUCAAGGCAAAAGAACCUACAGGAAAUCCAGGUCAGAGAGUUUGUACCUGAAAAAGCGAUUGGAAGAGAUGAAGACUGUUUUAAAACACCUAGACUUCAGACAACCAGAUAUUGAUCAGUUGGAAGUGAUUGCAACGGGGCGCCCCUUCAGCUCAAUGUCUGUGGAAUCUUUUCCUCUGGAAGAGAAUCACCCUACAACACACGGUAAAGAGAACAUUGACCUAUUGGAGGAUUAUCCUGAUGUAAUUGAGGAACCAAUCAUUGGUCCAUCCAUUAUGUUUGCUGGACACCCGGCUCGUUGGCUGAAUGACACAAGCUCUCAUAAGGAUGAGGUUGCUAUGAUUGUCCGGCUCACAUUUGAAGCAAUGGCAGGGGACAGGGUCAUCUCCUGUCUACCAGUGACAAAUGAUGGAACUACAGUUAUCUACUAUAAGUGGAAACGUCUUCCUGAGCAGGAACACUGUAUCAUAAAACCAAAUGAUUCUUGGAUGCAACGAUUCUAUUUCAACACUAACUCAGGUGUCAUUCUUCCUAGAGAGUCUAUUACUUUCCCCUUCACCUUUAAAUCACCAAAUGCUGGGAUCUUCACUGAAUUCUGGGAGUUUUGCACUCACCCGGUGGUGUUAGGAGGGGCAUGCUUGCAAGUGGCACUUUGGGGAGUGGCUCUGUUUGAAGACAAGAAUGAAACUGCAAGACAACAGCUACAGGAAGAACUUGAGAAGAAAGAAAAGAUGACCAUAAUCGACCAGCUCCUGAACGAGGUGAUUGAUGGAGUGCGCACUCCACAGCGAUCCCAAUCUCCUGUUGAAAUUCCAUUAAUUGAGCAAGAGGUCUUUGAGAUGAAGAACCCCAAUCUGCAUUACAAGUAUGUCAUUGUGCAAAGCCUCAAAGAAUUAUGGAAACUAUGCUUCACACACAAUAAGUUAGAUGCGGACACAACAAGCAAAAGCCAACCCAGAGGUAGUAACAUUCCUCCUUACACAGGGCCCAAAGACAAGACCCAAACUCCUGCCAAGUAUAUGAAUCAUCUGGAUAGUACAAUGUACAAUGAUAAAAGCACACCCACUAAACGUCCAUCAUUUGAUGAAACGGAGGAGUCCUCCAAGCUGAAGGCACGUUCUCAUGGCAAGGCAACUUCUCACCGUAUGGAAGAUCCAGAGCAAACGAAGCACCAUGAUAAAAGGACACCAACCAACAAAACUCCAUCAACUGAUGAAGCAGAUGACCAUCCCAAGCACAAGACCCGUACCCAUGGAAAGGCAUCUUCUCAUCAGUCACAACAUCAAGACACAUCACCUGUCAGAGCUAAUGAUUCAGAAAAGCAAAGCAAGGAAAAGACCCGUUCCCAUGGCAGGAGAUCUGCUCGCCACUUGGAGCCAGUAGAGAAUGUAAAAGCUCCCAAAGCAGUAAUACCAAUCAAGAAAGCUCCACCACCUGAUGAAUCCGAACCUGAGUGGGACUUGUCAAUCGACUCUUUUAGAAAGGAUGUGCUAACAUUGCUGGUGAGUGAGAAACAAAAGGAUAAGGCUCUGGAAAUGCUCAACUUGAAAGUGCUUGAACUCAGCACAACAGCAAUCAGUCUGCAAGAGAAUAUUUUCUACAAAGUACUUUAUCAGCUUUGGCAAGAAACAGUGGAUAGGUUUGUUGGUUAUUCGAUGCAUCUCAGGGAAAUAAUGGGACUGCCUGAAAAGGAGACUGAAGGCAGUGUCAUCGUGGAAGAAACCCAAACCAAAAAACAAAGUAAAAAGGAUGACAAGAAAACAGCUGACAAAAAAGGAAAGAAAGGAACUAAGUCUGCUGGAAAAGAGGAAGAGAAGGAGAAACGACCAUCUGCCAAAAAGUCAAAGACUAAAGAUGAUAAAAAAUAUAUCAGUCCCCCAUCAUCCAGAGCCAGCAAGCAGCCAACAACAUCCAGGGACAGUCCUGAACCAGAUCUGAAUCAGGAAGAUCCCAUCCUACAGCAGAUAUACAGAGAGAAAUUGUACAUAGAGGUCUAUGGAUUGAUAAAAUCUAUGAUCAGUGAAGCUUCUUCUCUCUUUGAAGAUCUGAAGGAGCAGGACACACAGCCUCUGGAUAAAUGUGUUUAAGAAUAUAAAUAUCUGUAGCAUGGUGUUGAAUUUUAUUGUUUUAUUUGAUUUCUACAUACUUGUGAAAAUUAUUUUUUUUAAUAUCCCUCUAAUUUUCUUCCUUUUCUGUAAGUACUGGCACUUAAUAAUAAGUAUAGUGCUAACCUACACAUCAUAUGUAUCUCCUUCAAAUCAACUUUGCUUAUUUUGCAAUGUUUUGGGUUGAAGACAUUUUAAAGAGUUCAUUGGUUACAUUCUCCUCCCAUUUGCCUUAGAUCCUUUUAUCGAGAAUAUGCCCUUUCUACCAUCCUUCUCUGUAAACAAUGUCAACACUUAGAAACUGUUACAUGGAACCCUUAUUCUGCUGCUGGAUUGUAUUGUGUCACUGUGCCUUCAAAGGUCAGGCUGAAUGUAUACACAUAGGAGCAAAACUUAAACUUUAAUACUAUACAUACUUUUAAUUACAACAGCAAAUGAACAACGUCCAGUCUGCCUCUUGAUCAUCAUAGUAACAAAUUGAUGCAUGCAACACGAACAUGGGAGUCCUUGCUUCUCAUCAUCCUCAGUUAUUGUUGCUCCUUUUACCUACUCCAUUCACAGAAAUAUGCACUACUUUAAACAUAUCUACAGUGCUCAAUCUCCUUCCGACCCCAUUUUUUUUCAUUGUCAGUUUACUCUGCGUACUUACUGAAACCUUCCUUCAAAAAAUUAAGUUGCCUAGCAUUGCAGUCACGUGGGUAAUCAGACAUUAUUCAGGAGGUGAACACAGGCCCUUCAAUAGUUACCCAAUGAAGCUAUACAUUAUUGUCCACAGAAAGAUAGAGUAGUACCAGAAGCCUAAGAUUCAAAUUAAUAAAAUUUAAAUUUAACAUUCAUCUGAAUAACCAAUUGAUAUCAAAAUUAAAAUGUGUUUGGUUUCCCCUCAAACGAAUCUAAAAAAUACAAUAGUAAUUUCAAGAAAGAAGAGGGCUUUUAAUUCUAAUUUGAGUUAAUAUUGAUCUCUUAACUAAGCUCACUUAAUCUUUCUCGAUGGAUGAACAAAGGUGGUUUCUUCAACCUGAAUAUCUAAAUGUUCCUUGGUGAUAAAGAGAGCAUCCCAAGUUAGGUGAAAUGGCAGAGAAACACAGGUAAUCAACUAUCACCAACCACACACUAAUCAUCUGCUGUUCUGUUUCCACUGCUUAAGACCGUUCUGAGCCAGCUACAUAUGAGUGAUAGUGAGGAAACAGGGGAUUUAGACUCUAAGCCCAUUUCCUUUAUGUGCAGCUGCUUUCUUCGCUACUCAUCAAUUAGCAAGUAUGUUAUGACACACAUCUAAAGCAGGUGGGACCUGAACCCAGGUCUUCUGGUUCAGAGGUAGGGACAAUACUACUGUACCACACAAACCGUCCUGAGCUAUUGCUGAGUUCACUAUGGUCAUUGGCUCUGGCUGGAUAGCAUCCUCCCUUCAAAUAUGUUCAAAAUAUUUACCACAUUGGUCAGCUGUCAUGGCUAGUCAGUAACUUCCUAAUCCAAUUAAAAAUCAACAAGCUCUUCAUUACCCAAUUAAAUGUCAGCUAAAAAAUAUUUUUCUUUUCUGACUUUUGAUCGCAAAUAAACAAAGGCCUCAUAAACCAUUAACCAUGAAUAAAGAUUAACUAAAGGCUGCUGGCCUUCAUCAUAUUCAAGGUCCAGCUACAAAAGGGGUAGAAGUUCUGAGGAAGGAGAACUGGACCCAAAAUUUUAACUCUGAUUUUUUUCUUCAUAGCUGCUGCCAGACUUGCUGAGCUUUUCCAGCAACUUCUGUUUUUAUUCAAGAGGGGUGGAAAGGGUUCAAGACCCACCAGCUCCAGUGGUGUAUCAUAACAUAGCUGCAGAGGUUGAGUCCAAAAUAUCCACUACAACAGAACAUUUGCAAGGAGGAACUCUGAAGUCUCAGUGCACAAACAAUUCUGAAACAAAGUUCAACUUCUAAUAACUUCCUAUAAUUAAAGUGCAACUAUUUCAUAAUGAGAAUUUUUCAUCCAGAUAACAGCUGAACCUGGACUGGAUCAAAACAAACACAAGUUAUGUGAAAUUGCAGAUUUUUUUUAUUCUACCGUGACAUGUGAGCAUUGCUGGCAAGCCUGCAUUUAUUGUGUACUGCUAAUUGCCUUGAAAGGAUGAUGGUGGUACAUCUUCUUGAGGCACCUGUAGCAAUUUUGGCCAAUGGUGUAGCUUGCUCAACCAUUUCAGAGGGCAGUUAACAGAUUGAACCACAUGCUGUGUAUCUGGAGUUGUGUCCAAUCCAGACCAAGUAAAACUAACAUUAGUGAAGAAAGAAAUUUUUUAUAAUAUUGAAUAAUACGUCAUGGUUAUCCUCACUGAUAGUGUUGCAUUGGGCAGUCAGUACGAGUUAGGUGACAUCACAAGAUAAGCUGAGCCUAUCUGUAUAUAAAAAGACUGUUGAUGGGACGAGCUAGCUAGUAUUGUUAUUCCAUUCCGCUGGUGUAGUACUAGAUCCAUGCAGCUAAAUAGUAAUGUGUACUUACUUUUAAAGCCGGCCUGAUGUCUCUGAAGAGACUACCAUGAAUCUCAGAUAUAAUGCAAAUAAAUUAAAUAUUAUGCAUUAAAGCUAUUCGGUUUACAAUGAUUGAGUCUCACUUCUGCUGAAACCUUCAUAUGGGUAUCCUUCCCUACAUGGUAUAAGUAACUUCGCCUGAUACCAAUAAGAAGGAUUAGUGGCAGUGAAUCUAACCAGUGCAUCUCAGAUGAUACCAGUAGACACAAUAGAUACCAUCCCGGCAGACUUGAUGUCUGGAAUAACCCAUUCUGAGAGUAUGUGAAUUUUGUCACGUAUAUCAGGGGCUAAUUUUUAAUUCCAGGUUUACAAAAUAAUCAAAUUAAUAUUCCAGCAGCAAUCAGAGUGAAAUUUGAACCCAUGGCCUCAGAGCAUCCAGUGACAUUACCGCCAGGCCACCUUUUCCCCAUGUUUGGGCUUUGUUCAAAACCACUUGAAGUAUCCUAGACCUUUGACAAUGGUUUAACAGUUCCUUUACCUGAAGCAAUCCCUAUUAGAAUCCCUACAGUGAGGGGGCAAGCACAUCAAGUCUGCACCAUCGCAUGCAGACCCACCCCGUACCCUCUCCCCAUAAUCCUGCAUUUCCCAUGGUGAAAUAUACAAACCUAGACACUAUGGCAAUUUAGCAAUCUACCAAUCUAUCUAACCCUUUGUACUAUAGGAGGAAACCUACACAGACACAGGGAGAACAUGCAAACUCCACACAGACAGUCAGCUGAGACUGUAAUCAAAGCUGUGAGGCAGCAGUUCUAACCACUGAGCCACCAUGCCACCCUUAUACUCAGUUUUCGUUUGAAAUGGCAAAAUUCUUUGAAUGCACUAGUCAAACGUAUUCAUUACUUUAUGCCCACAUUUUCAGUGAACUUACACUUGUAAUCACAUAAUUCUCGUGCGUGAUCACCAGCUAUUUGAAGCCAGAAGACUACCCUACCACUGCAGGAAUAUGAAUUUGAUUAAACAGAAGAAGUUUCCUUUAUCUUAACUUAUGGACUUCAGCGUCACGCGAAAAGAAUUAUUUUUCCCAUCACAUUAUAUUAUUCUGCCAGUACCUCGAGGCCCCUUAUCCUAUCAGUUGUUGAUCGACUAUCCGGCAUUUUUGGACGGUUCAACUGAGAUUCAUUAUUCCCAGGUUUCCAUGUUCACUCUUGAAAGUUCAACCUGGCAAAACUAAUGCAGUGCCAACAGAUUCUGGAUACUAUUUGACACUUGCACCCCUGAUAGAAACUCCAGACAAUUUUAUUCUCUUUGUCUCAGAUAUGUUACUUGUAUCUUAUUUAUAUAUCAUGUCAUACAUUGUGCUUCUAAAGAUCACCCUGCAAGACUGGGGAGAUUGCUGUGGAAGAUUUGGGAGCUGUGAUGACUCUGAAAGAAGAACAGAAAUGGGUCUGUUUCCAUUUUUCCAUUUGUUCGGGGGAUCCAGGAUCAGUUCAGAAGCUGUGUCUCAGGCAUUAAUAUUGGAAUGGGCUAUGCGAGAUAUUCUCUAGCCCACAUGUAAAGGGCACAGCCUAGAUAGGGGGUAGAUACAAAAGAAUUAGAGAGUGGCAGAUAUGGCAUUAUUAUUGAAACAAGUGUCUAAAGAUACUACGAACAACUACAGGCCAGUCAGUUUAACACCAAUGAUAGGUAAUAUUUCAGAAGAAAUAAUCAGGGAAAAAUAAACAAGCUCUUGGAGACGUUUGACUGAAUUAAAACAGACUCGCACUGAUUUGCAAAAGCUUGGCUGUGUUUGACCGCCAAGUUGUUCUGUCCCUUAAGUAACCUUUCGAACUGUACCUUUACUUUAUGUUGUCUCAACUUAUCCUUCUGCCAAAGAGCUGCUUUUCACUUCUUUCCAUUAAAUUUUGUCUGUCACUAAUUUGCCCAAGAUGUUAGCAUAUCUGUGACCUGUUGCAAUUGGUAUCACCCUCACCAUUUGAAGGUAGCAGGACAUAGUGACAGAGUAGUAAGUGAAGCAUAUGUGAUCUUGGACUUAAUAAAAGUAAGCAUUAAACACUGAACCGGGGAAGUGAUGAAUCUCUAUAAACUUUUGUAUAUUAUGCUUGUUAUAGUAUUGCACCUAUUCUGGUCACCACAGUCUAAGAAGGAUAUGAAGGUUUUGAUAGGGUGAGGAAAGAUUUGCUAGAAUUGUGUUUUUUUUCUAAUACAGAGUUACCAUUUUGUAUACACAGGAGCAGCUAACAAUGUAGGCUCAGCUUAAUCCAACAUAAGUUUGCUCACCAGAUAGAAUGACCACAGAAGUUGAUAGUGAAACUUACAGAGGAACAUAUCUGCUUACCCUUACCCUUGUGUGCUGCAACCCAGACCUCCUUUGGCAGCUGAUAACAAAGUAUCAGCCUGUUUCUUGGCUCAUUAACAUACUCACGCCUUAAAACAACAUCACAACAAGAAUAGUUCCAGAGAUAAGGGAUUUUAAUACAUAGUCGAUUAGAGAAACAGGUUGGAACUGGCUUGUGAAACAGAUGUAAGGAAGGGUCACUGGGCACAAAACAUUAACUUUUAUUUCUCUCCACAGAUGCUGCCAGACCUGCUGAGUUUUCCAGUGAUUUCUGUUUUUGCUGGAGAAACUGGGAAAGUUCUUUUUCACAAAAUCACAGAAUUGUUACAGUACAAAAGGAGGCCACUCUGCCCAUCACACUUGCACUGGCUGUCUGAGCAUUUUUAUUUUGUGCCAGUCUCCUCCACCACACUUUCAGAUCAUGCAUUCCAGACUGUUGCAAAGUUAGGUAGUGUACGUAUGGAUUGGAAGGCAGGAUGUUAUCAUUUGGUGUUUAUAAAAUGUUGGUAUUUGUAUUGUAAAAUUAUGGUGUUUGUAAAAUAGUAUGGGAAAUCCAGUGUAUGGUUCCUUUAAAGGAUGAGGUACUUUUUCUUCACUUAGAGAUUCAAAAAGGUUGGGCAAUACUGUUAGCAGGAAAAGCAGCAUUUUUACCAGGACAACAGGUUUUUGAAUUUAGCCGAUUAAUGUAAACCAGGCUCUCAGGUAUCAAAAACCAAUUAAAUUUAAAUCUGAUAGAGGAUCAAUCCUAUUGUUAGAAAUUGAUAUGUCAUCUAGUGUAUAAAAGAUGAGGGCAUUUGGAAAAUUAGGGAAGAGCCAACUGCCAUCUGCCAUGAGAACAGCUCUCAGCUCUAAAAGAAAGAAUCAUGGGCUCUCACAGAAUUCUCUAAGCCUUACAGUAAGCUCCAUCUAAAUUAAAGGUACCUACGGCACAAACAGCUAAUGUUCCUGACAAAAGAAUUCAAAGGAGAAGGUGUUCCUGACAGAAGGAUUCACCAAGGCAUUCCUGACAGAAAGCUUCACCGUGAAGGCGUUCCUGACAGAACUAUUUGUCAGAGAAGACCCAGAACAUUCUGGAAGAUGUAACCUGGCUGUAAUUUUGAGAGACUAAAUUCUAAUUCGUUUUAUUUUAUAUAAUUGGGGCUUGUAUUUAUUGGAAAUGCUUACCAUUAUAACCUUGUUUUAUUCGGGAAUAGUUCAUAGU